AUGGUGGCUCGCAGGUUCGUAGUCCGGGAGGUCCCCGCCGACGAGGAGCACACGGUCGAGUACGACACGGAGGACGGACUCGACGUCCUCCGGUUUCAGAUCUUCUCGCUCACCUCCGUCCCGCCCGACCUCCAGAAGAUCGUAGUGGAAGCGGAUGGCUCCGUGGUCAACGACGGCACCGACCUCGAGUCAAUUCCCGAGGGCCUGUGCCUCAUGUCCAUUGACGAGGGGGAGAACGCGGACUCGGCUUCGGCGGCGGCGACGGCGCAGGAGAAGUCCGAUGAGGAACUGGCGAGGUUGAUUGAGAUCGAGGUGGAUGCGGAUGGCUCCGUGGUCGACGACGGCACCGACCUCGAGUCCAUUUCUGAGGUCCUCCGCCUCGUCCCCAUCGGCGAGGGGGAUGACAUGGACGCAGCGGCGGCUGUAGCUGCGAGGGCGCAGGAGAAGUCCGACGAGGAGCUCGCGAGGAUGAUUCAGGUGCGGUUUCGUUAUGACAUCCCUGGCUGUAUCGGAUGGUCUAGUGCGGAUAAACACAUUAAUCUUCUACACAGACUGAGUGAUGCCAUAGUUAGACAGAAAGGAAAAUUUCCAAGAGGGCUACCCUCUUCGCCUACGAAGCACCGAUACGACGACACGGAAAUGGUGAUAUGGGCGGAAGAAGAGGCACUUCUACUGCAACAGUACAGCAUACAAAGUGACGGAGGAGAGGUUUUCAGAGAAAGAGUUGAGCCAUACAUGCGCCAGGUUCUGAAGUACGAGGAUCCGGUGCGUCAGGAAGCAGCUCUGAAGACGGUUCCUGUAGAUGAACUUAAGGAGAAGGCGCUGAUUUCACUGGCCAAGAUGAUUAGUGUCUUGUGUCUGAUAUGGUUUCAUGAGAGUAAUUACCGCUGGGAGGAUCGCCGGCUUAAGAUAGAACUCAUAUACGCUUCAUCUUUUAACAUUGAUGCUUAUCUUUGCAAAUGGGUUAACAAUGAUGCUUAUCUUGCAUAUUGGCUAACAGUGAUCCUUGUCCUUGCAGAUGGGUUAAUGCACCAGCUUGUGACAUCUGUGACCGUGAAACAUCUAUGGUGCAACCAUUGUUCGAGCAUCACCUGUUUCCCAAGGUACAAUGAUCCGUAUAAGAUUCUGGAUUUCACUGAUCAUGUUUGGACAGAAUGUUUUUCAAACCUCUAUGGGAGAUGGAUUCACUUAGAUCCAUGCGAAGGAGUCUAUGAUAAUCCCUUGCUGUAUGAGAAAGGGUGGAACAAGAAAUUAGAUUAUGCAAUUGGUAUCUCAAAAGAUGGAGUACAUGAUAUAACAAAACGCUACACCAGAAAGUGGCAUGAGGUUCUCUCUAGGCGGACCAUUACCUCCGAGGAUACAGUUUCAGCUAUUCUGAUGAAUAUAACUAGAAAGUGUCGCAGUGGAUUGUCAAGUAAUGAACACUUAGCCUUAGAAAAACGUGACAGGAAAGAGUCCGAGGAACUUAGUAAAGCUACCUAUCUUGAAGUUAACAACAGCAUAUCUCUACCUGGAAGGCAAAGUGGUUCUGUGGAAUGGAGAGCAGCAAGGUCAGAAUUGGGCCAAGCAGACUCACUCAGUUGCUCGUCGUGUCCUAUUCGGAGAUGUGUGGAUGCUCAUGUUUCAAAAAUACAUGAUGCUCUUUCAGCUAUUCUUUCUCAUUUUUGUGAUAAUAACAUCCCUAAUGAAAGAAUCAUUGAAGUUUUUGUCACAUUGAGGAGCUUGAUGCAAAAUCUUAAAGAUGCUAACUUCAAAAGCAGGAGAGUCACAUUAGAUCAAAAAUCACAGCAAAUUUUUGAGAUACUUCCCUCUGCGGAAAGAUUGCUUUCUGCUAUUUCUUUAAAAGCAGAGUUACACACUGUUGGAGAUCCAUCCGUGGCUACAGAUGGAAAUCUAAUACAUACAUCCUUAGCAUUACCAGUAGCACUAGAUGCAGUUGAUGAGAUACUAAGUAACUAUAAGAGCAAUAUCUUUUACACAAAAGGUCAUCAAUUCCCAAGAGGCAAUAGACUCUGUUCAGGUUCAGUCCUUGCAAGCAGUGAGCAGCUCGCAACAGCAGCCUUUGACGGCAUUCGCUUGUCCAAAUGGGAAGAACCUGAUGGAGCCAAAGGAUGUUGGCUAAUGUACAAGGUGCAUGGUGGCCAAACUUGCGAGUUGGAGUCAUAUGAUUUGAUGUCAGCUAAUGAUGCUCCCGAGAGGGAUCCAAUGGACUGGGUCCUUGAAGGGAGCACAGACCAAAGGUCUACCUGGAAUACUAUUGAUGCUCGGAGUUCUGUAAUCUUUGGCAGCCGUUUCUGUAGGAAAUCAUUUACUGUUGACAAGAGAUACAAAGCAAAUGUACUUCGGUUUCGGUUUCUACGUGGGAGAGAAUCUAGUGCCAAUCCAAGGUUUCAAAUAGGAUCCAUCGACUUCUACGGGGAAACACACAUGGCCUGA